AUGUCUGAUUUUUUUAGAGCUCGAACUGGAGCUGCCAAGAAAAGGAAGACGUCAACGCCCUCGGGUCGAUUGUCCCAUUCCAUUUUCACCAAACCCAAGGGAUGGAAGACUACCAUUAUCAAAGCUUUCAGCACGGAAGAUCGGGAAGAGCGCUACUCCAAGCCUACCAAGGCAUCCAAAGGAAAAGAUAUUCCUCACAUGAGAGUUCACUGUGGAUUGAAGUUUUCCGAUGGUUCUCCCUGCAACGCUUUUCGAGAUAUGCAGGUAGAAUCUGGCUAUGGCAAUUUCUGGAAGCAUCUCCUUACUCAUUUUGAUAACAAGGAAGAUGAUUUGAUGGCUGCGUAUGUUGAUGCUACACUGAAGGCUGCUUCCAAGGGUGGUUGCGCUAUGGAUCAUGCCGAGGCGGCUAGUUUCGGAGCCAAGGAAAAUGCGAUGUACGACUGGAUCGAUUUGAUGGUUAUGGAAAAUUUACCAUUGUCUGCCGUGGAAAGUAAACGUUUCCGUCGUUUCAGCCGUUACUCGGAUGAAACUGUGUUUGGCCACAAGAUGAUUCGUGAUACCAUGUUCCACUUGAAAGCUCUGACUCAAGGAGAAGUGGUCAAAGCAGUCAAGAAAGCUCCAUUGUGUGAUAUUAUACACGAUGGAUGGACGUGCGAUCGAACCCAUUUCUUUGGUUUGAUCUGUUCAUUCAACAAGACAAGGACUGUGAUUGAGGAUGGAAAGAAAGUCGUUAAGGAAGAGGUUGAAACGGUUCUACUUUCUGUAGCUCCUAUUACCCGUCUUGCAGAUGACAGUGCUAAUGUGGAGGAGGCGAGCUCAUUCACUGCACAAGUGCACUGUGACUACAUCCAAGAGCUUUUUGAAGAGCUUGGCAUCGACUUCGACAAGUGGGUAUUCUGUCAAACGGCUGAUAACUGCAGUACUAACCUGAAGCUGGCCAAAGAUCUUGGAAUCCCACAUGUUGGAUGUAUGAGCCACAAAUUCAACUUGGACGUCAAGGAUAUGAUUAAGAAUGAGGCUGCGUUGAAAGAUAUGCUCGGCAACAUUCAUACUGUGAUCACUGCCGCCAGAAGCAGCAUACGAAAUAUGGCCGUCAUUCGAAAUUUGACGGCAGUUGGCUUGGCUGUUCCGAGUGAGCCCCGUUGGAGUGGAGAAUUCAACAUGAUUUUCAACUAUGGUCUGGUUUGGGAUAGCUUCAGGCGUGCAUCGAUUGACCAUGAGUGCACUGACGAUUUCACCGACAAUUUGUGCAUGUCCCAAACUCAUUUUCAGACAGUACAGAAGAAAAGUUUGAUGCUGAAGGAGUUGAACGAUGUUACUAAACCCAUGCAGCGUCGCCAUUGCAAUCUAUUGAACUGUGCAAACCCCCCCAAACUGCUCGAAGAGAAGAUUGCCGACAAGAAAGCCAACAAUGAAACCGAGCACCCCCUUUAUGAGUGUACCUUUGAGCGCAACCGAACAAUGCUACAUGGACCGCUUGCAACACAUGUCGACUUUGAGUCAGCUGUGGUGAAGGUUCAGAAAGGGGAGGAGGCAACGCUUCUCUACGGUGAAAAGGCAGCAAUCAAGAGCGCUUUGAAGACUGCUGUUGCUCUCCGUGGUUUUGGCACUGAAGUUGAUACUGAUGAUGAGGUUGAGGAAGCGACAACAACCACGGGUUCCCCAGGUUUGUACAAGCAAGCUUUGAAGGCCGAAGCCAAACGCAUGGCUCACCGUGAAGGUCCAACGUCCAAGUACAUCAAUUUGGACUUUGUCCUUGGCUCUGCUGCUGAGGUUGAGCGGCUCUGGAGUUUGGCUAAGUAUGUACUCAUCAAUCAACGCAAAUCUAUGACGCCCACCCUUUUUGAGUGCUUGAUGUACCUCAAGUACAACCGUGGCUAUUGGAACAAAGCUAUGGUUGCCGAGGCCUACAGGCGCGCUAGAGAGCAGCAGAGUGAUGCCAGGUUUGCCAAAUGGUCAGCCCAAGCCGAGGAAGAGCUCCAGGCAGCAGUUGCUGCUUUGGGUGCACUGGCUCUGACCGGUGGCGAGUAG